ACUGCAAGUGGUGGGCACUCCUUGCUUAUAGUUACAGCUAAUGGGCCUAACUCCAUUCUUUCUUUAUCAUCUACAUAUUGCUAGUGGUAAUGGUAGUGCUAGUGCUAGUGCUAGUGCCAAUCACAGUGGAGCCAAAUCUUUUCUCUAAACACAGCUCUUUAUAUAAAGUCCAUUCUCAUACUAACUGCAUCCUGCAACCAUUUCAGAACAAAUUAGAGAUGGGAAAACCAGGGGUUGUUCUUGCUCUCAAAGUACUCAUGAUCUUAAUAUUCACUGCCUGGAUCUCUCUCUGGUUGCUCAAACCUACCAAUUUAUGGACAAGAAAUUGGAAAGCAGCAGAACGCAGUGCUCGAAGUACUGUGUUUGGCUACUAUGGUCUUGACUUUGCCGUGUAUACGUUUCCUAUAAUUGCUCUGGCUAUGGUUGGACUUGUAUACUUGAAUUUGCAGUCUUGGGGGCAAACAAGGAGACAAACAAGGAGUCCAACUGCUGCUUUGUCAAAUCCGCUUGUUACGAGUAAUCUUAUCGGCAUUUUAUCCAGUGUAGAGAUUCUCUCAGUAUUUCUCUUUAUCUUCUUCCUAGCAUGGACUUUUUAUUCACGAAUAUCUCAGGACUUUACCAAGUUGGGACCUGUUGAAUCUUUGAAGUUGGACUUAUGGCAAUUCAAGUAUCUAAAAGUGGCAACCCGAUUCGGUUUGCUAGCAGAGGCCUGCCUGGCUUUGCUUCUUCUUCCCAUUUUGAGGGAGCUGGCUGUGUUUCGAAUACUCGGCAUCCAGUUUGAAGCUUCUGUGAGAUACCACAUAUGGCUAGGGACUGCAAUGAUCUGUUUCGCUACUUUUCAUGGUUCCAGCACCUUAUUCAUUUGGGGCGUCAGCCACAAUAUUCAGGAUAAGAUAGUUAAAUGGCAGAGGACCGGUCGAAUAUAUGUUGCCGGAGAGAUUGCAUUGGUUGUGGGGUUGGUUAUGUGGAUCACGUCACUUCCUCAAAUCAGAAGGAAAAGAUUUGAAAUCUUCUAUUACAUGCACCACAUGUACAUAAUCUUCCUAGUAUUUUUCUUGCUUCAUGCCGGAGAUCGACACUUUUAUAUGAUCUUCCCCGGGGUGUUUCUCUUUGGUGUUGACAAGGUGCUUCGCAUCCUACAAUCAAGGCCUCAAACUUAUAUUCUUUCAGCAAGAUUAUACCCUUGUAAAGUUGUAGAACUUAUCCUUCCAAAGAAACAGGUAAGUUCUGGAUUGAAAUAUACACCCACAAGUAUAAUAUUUAUGAAGAUACCAAGUAUAUCCAGAUUUCAGUGGCAUUCCUUCAGUAUAACUUCGAGUUCGACUGUCGAUAGCCAUACGAUGUCUGUUUUAAUUAAAUGUGAUGGACGUUGGACAAAUUCUGUAUAUGACAAUAUACAGGCUCAGCUAGACUCUGAUGCUGAAAAGUUGAAAUCCAUACCUGUUGCAAUAGAAGGCCCCUAUGGUCCUUCCUCUCUUAACUUUCUGAGACAUGAUAAUCUACUUUUGGUUGCUGGUGGAAUUGGAAUAACACCAUUCUUGAGCAUGCUGCAUGAAAUGGCUGCAACUCGAGGGAAAAGCAGCAGUAGAUAUAGAAUCCCAUCCAGAAUUCAGCUGAUAUACGUCGUUAAACGAUCCCAAGACAUUGGCCCUUUAAAAUCGGUUUCUCACCUACUGCAAAACCAACCCUCACAGAAAUGGCAUCUAAAACUAAAAGUUUAUGUCACACAGGAAAAGAAGUGUGGUGCAACAGUAGGAGAAUUGCUUAAUGAGGCAUCUCAAGUGCAGACAGUUCACUUUCGCAUAAAGGGUCUGAGUUACUCGAUACAUGGACCGGAAACCUUGUAUCGGAAUGCUGCAUUGGCAGGAAUUGCUUCCGUUAUAUUCCUUGCUUUUCUCAUCAGUUUCAACCGCAUAUUUGUUCCCUCUGAAAAGACUAGUGAUGUUCACUCUUCAAAAUUGAUCGGUUCCUCGAAAAUGAAGGCCCCUAAAGAAAAGGCCCCUCUUUUUGCUGAUAUACUUAUCAUAGCUUCUUUCUUCAUGUCUUUAGCAUGCACCGGUUUGGUAGCAAUUAUUUUGAGAUGGAGACGACUGAAUAAAGAAAUACCGAAUGAAGAAAUGGUACGGCAACGAAGUUCGAUAGAGAUGAAAGGUGUAGUUGAGGAGGAACAUGAAAUCCAAUUUGGAGGGAGGCCUGAUUUGGAAGAUGUGUUCACCACAUUCCUGAAUGAAACCGGUGGAUCCGAUACUGGAGUCUUGGUGUCCGGACCAGAAUCGAUGAAGGAGGCGGUUGCAUCAUUGUGCCGGAAGAAAUCUGGGCGCUUUAAGCUUGGAGACAAGAAAAAGAAACCAUGCUUGAGUUUCCAUGCCCUCACCUUUACACUUUAGUUUCUUCACAGUAAAAUAAUAGUCAUGAAGUCACAAUAGUUCCACGGUUAACAGUUAUUGUACUUCACCCAGAUAAAUACAUAUAUAGAUUGGUCUGUAAUGUCUAAACUUGUAGCUAAUGGGUGCUCUUGAUUAGCUUUAUAUGA